AUGGCAACUCCUUCGUCGACUUCAACCAGUCCCGGAAAGCGCGCGAGCACGUCGAAGCUUCUCAAUGAUUAUCAACUCGGGGACUCUCUUGGAAAGGGCGCGUUUGGUCAAGUCUACCGGGCACUUAAUUGGGCCACUGGUGAGACGGUGGCCGUGAAGGAGAUACAACUCAGUAACAUACCAAAGGGAGAGCUCGGGCAGAUAAUGUCCGAAAUCGACUUGCUCAAAAACUUGAACCACCCUAAUAUCGUCAAGUACAAGGGCUUUGUCAAGACCAGGGAGUACUUAUACAUUAUUCUCGAGUUUUGCGAAAACGGAUCAUUGCAUAAUAUUUGCAAGCGAUUCGGUAAAUUUCCAGAGAACCUGGUAGCAGUCUACAUCUGUCAAGUCCUGGCCGGGCUCGUAUACUUGCACGACCAAGGUGUCAUCCAUCGCGAUAUCAAGGGCGCGAAUAUAUUGACCAACAAGGAUGGAUGUGUAAAGCUUGCUGACUUUGGAGUCGCUAGCUCUACUACAACUGGUGCGAUUAAUGAUGAUGCCGUUGUGGGCAGUCCCUAUUGGAUGGCACCUGAAGUCAUUGAACAAUCUGGCGCAACUACUGCAUCAGAUAUCUGGAGCGUUGGUUGUGUAGUUAUCGAACUUCUUGAAGGCAAGCCUCCGUAUCACUUCCUCGACCCCAUGCCCGCGCUCUUUCGGAUCGUUCAGGACGAUUGCCCUCCUAUUCCAGAUGGUGCAUCUCCGAUCGUCAAGGAUUUUCUGCUUCACUGUUUUCAGAAGGACUGCAACCUCCGAAUCUCGGCCAAGAAAUUGCUCCGUCAUCCUUGGAUGAUAUCUGCGAAGAAGCAGAUGAACAUGGUCGCCGGGAAGGGACUGAGUCCUCCAGAAGGCGGAUCGCAAUCAGUCCCGGACGGCAAGAGACCCACAAGCAAUUAUAACUACGAUGAGGCUGUUCUCAAGGUACAGGAAUGGAAUGAAGCUCUCAAAUCCCCUACACGACCUACAAAGAAAAAUAGUCGCAACUCCGUCUCUGAAGGUCAACCACCAUCCCCAACUCGUGGUGGUCGAGAUAAGCCUGCGAUGUCGCUCCUUCAGCAUUCAGUUCUUGGUCUCCAGGCUUCGACCUCUGGGAACUCUGUUCUCAAAGUACCCAAUAUUGCUGCGGGAAAGCCUUCUGCCCCCGUUGCUCUAGUCGAGAAAAUUCGGGAGCCGCUAGCUUUUGUCCUUCAGCCUCCAGAAGAGCAGACGGACAACUGGGAUGACGACUUUGAGGAUGGACCUUCAUUUACCAAGUUACAUGCCUCCGCCUUAGAGAAGACAUCCAUGGAAGAUGAGAAACCGGAGGGCGAUGAUAAUGCACAGACCAUUAGACCAAAUCGUAGCCCAGCUGGCUCCGGGACAAUACCACUCGCAAGGGCACCGUCUGCCGAUAUUGUACCCAUCGUCGAAGACUAUUCCGAUAUCGCAACCGAGGAGGACGAGCUCCUGCUUCAAGAGAAAGUGGCAGAUUUUAAGAUGAAGAAUUCGGUACGCAGGGGACUCUUUCAUCCUGACGAUAUCAAAGUCCUCGGACUCCUUUCUGGUUCUCCCGGUCCUAUGUCUGCACCUCUUCCUAGUUUGUCGCGGAAAGCAUCCCGCCCAUCUCUCAGUCCUAUUUCUGGCAUGGGUCUACCAUCUACAGGUUCGAUACGAUCACAUUCGCGUUCAUCUUCCUUUGUUGGAUCUAGUUCGAGUGCUUCCGGCUCUUUUGGUCGCGCAGAGGCGAAACGUGCGGCUAGUCAUGCUGAAUUUGGCAAGUAUACUGAGGACGACGACGAGGACUACGACGAUAUCUUUGGAAAACCUGGCGGAACUACUCUCGAGCAGCCGAUGCAAACUUUGCAACUUAACACGAGGUUGUCGAAUAAGUCAUGGCUCGGAGACGAUUCGGACGAAGACGAUCCUUUCGCAGAGGCAAGUUUUUAUGUGUCAUCCAUGAUACUGGCUGACUCAAUUCUUCAGAUCGAUGAGGGCUUUGCUGAAGAUGAUCUUGAGACUAAUCUCCUACGUGACAAGAAUGCUCGGUUGUGCAACAUGGUGAACCAACUCAUCGAUGAACUGACACCCUCGGCACCUGACUUCCAACUGCGUGAUGCUUGUGAUCAACUAAUCAAUAUCAUGACAGAAAACCCAGAUAUGCUCCUGCAGUUAGUGUCUUCGCAUGGUAUGCUGGCAAUUUUGGAGGUACUGGAAGGCAAGUGUUCCAGGGAUGUCCUCAUGAAGCUUCUUCACAUCACCAACUUGUUGGUCACGAGCGAUCUUGGAUUCUUAGAAAGCUUCUGCCUCAUCGGUGGGAUUCCUGUUAUGAUGGGUUUUACUUCAAAGAAAUACCCUUCUGAGUGUCGCGUGGAGGCGUCCAACUUCAUCAGGCUGCUCUGCCACACAUCUGUAUUGACGUUGCAGAUGUUCAUCUCAUGUCGUGGCCUGAAAGUUCUUGUUGAUCUGUUGGACGAGGACUACACUGACCAGACUGAGCUUGUCGCCGACGCUCUCAACGGCAUAGGAAGCGUGUUCGAAUUGCAAACUCCAACGACUAAGAAUGACUUUUGUCGUAUGUUUAUCCGCGAAGGCCUCCUCGAUCCCCUGUCCUCCGCUUUGCUCAAUGUCAUGGGCAAUUCCAGUCCCAAUGCAGUCGAGAUGAAGCACAAGAUUAUACAGAUCCUUCUCGUAUUCUCGCAAGUGACACAAAGUGAUAUCCACGUACGUAACGCCAUGGGGACGCGGAAGAUCGUCAGACGUCUAUUACGCGCAUGCGAGCUUCUGGAGAUGGAAUGCCUAGUCCAGAUGCUGAAGGCUGUGAAGCACUUGUCUAUGAAUGCUAAUCUGCUCGAGGUGCUUCAAAACGCCAACGCAAUCGAAAUACUCAUCAAACUGCUGGACGAAGAGAAGACCGGUCCUCACAGCACGGAGGUGUCAAAUCACAUCUUCCAGACCUGCUAUAACCUCUGCCGGCUGAACAAGUCACGACAAGAGGAGGCGGCUCAAGCCGGCAUUAUUCCGUGCUUGAAGCGAGUAAUUGAGACUAGCUCACCUCUCAAACAGUUCGCAUUGCCUAUUCUAUGUGACUUGGCUAGCGCGGGGAAAAGCUGCAGAUAUCUCCUUUGGCAACAUAAUGGUCUCGCGCUUUAUUUGAAGCUUCUAGAGGACCCAUACUUCCAAGUCAGUGCCUUGGAGGCGAUUCUGUCAUGGUUACAAGAUGAAACGGCCAAGAUCGAAGAUGAGCUGAUCAGCUCCGAGUCUCUUGAGGCGUUACUCAAAUGUUUCGUAACCGCAAAAGCCAACUCUUUUGAGAACCUCCUUGACCCCCUUCUCAAAAUCUGUCGCAUCUCUACCCCACUAAUCAUUGGCCUUGCCAAAUCUCAAUUCUUCAAGCGCAUCAUUGACAGGCUCAAUCACAGCCGUGCGGUGGUUCGUCUCAACCUCUUACGUAUCCUUCGGACCGUUUGCGACGUGCACCCAAACCGUGCAAUGUUAGUGGAACGCUACGGAUUGCAUGAAAUGGUCAUGAAGCUUAGCAAGGACGAUGGCGCUGUCUUGGUGCGCGAGCUGGCGAGAGAGAUUCUACCGGCACUAGCCCCUGCACUUAAACCGGCGGGCAACAGGUCUCUGCUCAAAGGGCAUGAUACUCCGAAAAGCAAUUUGAUAGCGUCCAAGAAAGCCAGGCGGACAGCAUCGGAAACGUCUGCAAUGAUGGGACCAAACUCUUCCAUGCUGGGUCUCAGUAUGGGUCCCCCUCCAACACCAAGGACGGGAAUAGAGAGGACGCACUCAUCAUCCAGGCAUAGACUUGGUGAUAUACCUUGGCAAUCUCAUGGGGGACAAAGAUGAACUAUUUAUCAUUUGGUCAGGCAGAGUGCUUUUUAUUAAUUUAUUGUCCGCUC